GCUUCGUGAGCUUCUGAAGGCAGAGGAAAGUAAGUACGUCAUUGAGAUGGAGGCACUUGAGGAAAGAAAAGAGGAGAAACUAGAGAAAAUGAGGGAGCGAGUGGAAUUCCUGAGAGAGAAGAGAGAAAAAGAAAGACAGCAGCUGGUGGCUGAAAAAAGAGAGCAGCAAUUCAGGCAACAAAGUGAUGAGCUUCGUUUGGAGUGGAUAAAGAAGCACCAGGUGCAAUUGUGCGAGGACCAGCUGGCCCAGCUAGCUCUGAAGGAGGAGUUGAAAAAGAAACAGAAGGAGGAGGAGAAAAUAUUUGCAGAGCUGUGGAAAGAGAACAGGUUGGCGAAGGAAAAGCAAGAGGUGAUGGAGAUGCAGAUCAGAAAUCAGGAAAUCCUGCAUGUGCUCAGCGCCCAGGUAGCGGCGCUCAGUGCUCACAAAGAGGAGGAGAAGCGGCUGAAGGAAGAAGAGGCCAAAUUGCUGGAAGAAGAACAGCAACUGCUUAAGCGAGAAAAUGAAAAACUUCAGGCGGACAAACUACGGAAACAGAAGGAACACAGGGAUGCGUUGCUCAGUGCGGCACAGGAGAAGAAAAAUCGUCUUAACGAAGAAAAACAAAACCAACUUGCCUUAGAGAUGGAGAUCUUAGAGAAAUCUGCCCAGGAAGACAUUGAGGGGAAAAAAAUAAGAAAAGCAGAGCUGUUGAAGGAGCAGCAGAGUUACCUGGAACACCUGGCUCAACAGCUGGAGGAGGAGAAACAGCGAGAAAAAGAAGAGGACGAGGUUCUCAGAGAAAAGAUGGCGAAGGUUUGGGCCGAGAAGGCUGAGCAAAUGCGAUUAGAGAAGGAGGCUAGAAAGCAGCUGCUGAAUGAUGUCCUGGGUACAAGACAGCUGCAGAUGGAGGAGAAGUUGCAGAGAAAUGUAAGGGAGCAGGAAGAACUCGCUCAAGAGAGGCAGUUAUUAGCUGAAGCAUUCAAUGAACUCAAGCAUAUAGAAGAUGAAAAAUAUGCAAGAAAAGUAAAGGAAGCAAAGGAAUACCAAGAGCAACUCAGGGCUCAAGUUGCCUAUCGACAACAGGCCCGUGAUGCUGAGGAGAAAGAGAAGCAGCGAGAAUAUGAAUCUGAUGUGGCAGCAGAAAGAGCUUACCAAGAAAAGAUACAGGACCUUCUGUCAAGGCUUGAUGAGAAACCAGGAAAAACCCACCCUUUCAGAAGAAUACUAGCAUCUAGCUCUUAA